UUGGUUUUCCCACUUUUGGCUGCAAAAACCCUAAAAUAAUUUCCCUCUUUUCAAUUCAUUCCUUUCUUUUUGCUCUCCACUCCUUUUUUUUUCUUCUUCUCCACUUCCUUCCUUCUCAGAUCCAACAUUCCGCCCUUUCUUCUUCUCCAGCUUGGACUUGUGGAACCGCCUCUCUGAUCAUUUCCGGAAAUCGUUUUGCAAGGAGCAGAAGGAGCUGGGCUGGAAGAAUAUAUUCUGCCGAGGGUUGGGUGUCACUGCUCCCAAGGCAAGAACUCGUGAUAAACCCAUGCUUAUUACUGCCUUCUUGACUCUCUGAGCUUCUUGGUUCAUUUCUCGAGGCGUCCUCCUUUUAAUAAACCACUCCAAUGACGAGGGUCUUUAUAUCGCGAGCUUCCUCUGGUGGUGGUUCUUCUUCUACUAACCCCAACCGAUCUUCUGCCCCUGGUGGUUCUUCAUCAUCUCGCCCUGAACAACAACACGUUUCUACUUCUCCACACCCAGUUUCGAAAGAUGAGGACCUUGGAGAGAAUGUACAGGAACAGUCUACUACUGUUGAUGAGGUUUUGGACGCCACGAAUAGCGAAAGCAAGACAGUGAAAACAGAAGAUGUUUUGAUCGAAGGCUCUUAUAACGAUCAGCAGAUGGAGAUUUUGAGAGAUGAACUUUCUGGAGAUAAUGAGAAAGUUGUUAAAGAUGAUGCUCCGGAUGUAGGGGAACUUAGAAUGAUAUCGGAUCACUUGCAAAUUCUGGAGAGGAACGCACUUGAAAAUGAGUGCUGUACCGGGGGUUCUUCGAUGGCCAUUCCGGGGAAUUCACCACCUCCACCACCCCCUGCCCCACCGCUCAAGCCGUCUUCAGUGAGCUCAUCAAACACAAGGAGACAUGUUUUGGGAAGUUCUAAUGCGGGUAGAAUUGGGUCCCCAAGAAGUAGUGGCAUUGCCCGGUCUGUUGUUUCAAAUAGGACCUCCCUCACUGGGUCACGGCCUUCAUCUCCAAGAUCACAUGUCGAUAGCGAGGGGUACAACAGUGCCGAUGAGCACAACUCUUGUUAUGUGUCCUAUUAUGAUCUGGAAAGAGAGAGGCAGUUUGAGGCUGAAAUUAAGCGAGUAAAGGGUUUUGAAGUUAAAAGAAUGCUGGAGGAUGGGAAUUGCCUCUUUCGUGCUGUUGCAGAUCAAGUGUAUGGGGAUUCUGAAGCAUACGAUCUGAUUCGACAGAUGUGUAUAGAUUACAUGGAGCGUGAGAGGGAUCACUUUUCCCAGUUUAUAACUGAAGGAUUUACAUCUUAUUGCAAGAGGAAAAGAAGAGAUAAGGUAUAUGGAAAUAAUGCUGAAAUCCAAGCGCUUUGUGAGAUGUAUAAUCGACCAAUACAUAUUUUCUCAUAUGGCACAGAACCUAUUAACAUCUUUCAUGGAAACUAUACUACUGACCUGCCUCCCAUUCGGUUGAGUUAUCAUCAUGGCAAUCAUUACAACUCUCUUGUUGAUCCACGACGCUUAGCAAUUGGUGCAGGGCUUGGCUUCAGCAGUCUUCGAGGGGCAAAUGUUGACAAGGAUAAAGUGAAGGCUGCUUUGAAAGCGCAGCAAGAUCAACAGAUUGAUAAUUCUCUUCUUGCUCAAGGACGGUAUUUCUCAGAUCUUGAGGUUACUGAAAAGGAGAUAGAACAGAUGGUGAUGGAAGCUUCGAGAACUGAAUAUCUCGCUAAAUAUUCCUCGAAACAGCAAUUGGACCGAAGAGACAAUUCCUCAACCCCGGGUGCAGAACCAUCUUCUUCAGGCGCCAGAUCGUCGGGAAGUGAGGGUAACUGUAAGAGAGAAAGCGGCGGGGUGCAGGAGUCGGUUUUAAGCAAUGGGAUGCAAACAGUGCUUUCGAUGGGGUUCGGUUACCUACAGGUGAUCGAAGCUUAUAGCAUAUUUGGAGACGAUGUGGAUUCAAUGGUUUGUUAUUUGUUGGAAACUGGGGAGAGCAGCAGACGCAAAGGCAAGGCCACAGAAUGAUGGAGUGAGUAAAAGCAGCAGCCAGCUUUUACGUUAGGACAAACACUACUACCGGUGGAAAAGGGUUGGUCUCUCAAAUCUCUCUCUAAUAUUCCAACAACAUCAUCAUUGGUUUCACUGGGUAAGUGAGAAAGUAUUAAAGAGAGAGGUGUGUAUGGGAACGAACUUGGAUCCUGUUCUGGCAUCAUCAUCAUAUAUGAUAAUAAAGCAAACUCUACCCUUUUAAUCUC